UGGCGGACGAGGAUGGUCGAGUGGUUACGACGCUGAGCUCCGCGAACAGAAGCGAGCCCGUGUAGUGGAGCAGACUUCCCUAUGGUACCUGACUCCAUAGAGGGUUGGGGAAGGUGAGGGAAAAGAGAGGUUCACCGCUCUCACCAAGGUGACUUCGAGGAAACCACAGGCGCAAGAAAGUUUCACAGGCAACGUCAAAGCAAGACGAUGUGCAGAAACUCCAUCAUGGUGGGCAGUCUCGGGCUGUCUUGAUAUUUAAAAAAAAAAAACUGCGAGUGGAUCAUAAUCUUGCCCGAGAACGAAACUAAUCAGCCACGUGACCAACACUCCAGAUCCUCAGACGACAGAUUCUCACGACUGCGGCCCACGUAGCAGAAGUGGUAAUACACGUGAGGCGGUUGGAAUCCGCUGCUACUAAAGAUGCUUCACGUCCUUGGUGCUCUGGCUUUGGCAGCUGUCGUGCUUUUCCUUCUCAACGUUAUCGUACGACGAAGAACGGUGAUCCCUGGCGGGAAAGCAGUGUUAAUAACAGGCUGUGACCAUGGCUUUGGAUGCAUGCUAGCCGAAGCUCUGGACAUUCUGGGUUACCGGGUGUUUGCCGGGUGUCUUAACGCUGCAGGAGAUGGCGCGAAAGAGCUGAAACAGAAGACGUCAUCAAAUCUCGUCAUCGUACAGCUUGACGUCACUAGCGACGUGCAAGUGGCUGAAGCAAGAGCCACAGUGGAACGUAGCCUGGAUGGCUGCUGCAUGUGGGCGGUGAUCAACAAUGCUGGCAUCGCAGCCUUCGCAGAAACUGAGUGGUGUUCACUGGAUGCCUACCAAAAUAUGAUGGACGUCAACUGGAUGGGUACUGUCCGGGUCACCAAGACUUUUCUUCCGCUGGUCCGUGCCGCUAGAGGACGCAUCAUCAAUGUAGUUAGUCUAGCUGGACGUAUAGCGCUUCCAGGCUUCACUUCAUAUUCUUCCUCCAAGUUCGCCCUCAUCGGCUUUUCCGACAGCCUCAGACGUGAGAUGAUCAAGUUCGGGGUCAAAGUCAUUACCAUUGAACCCACGCUCUACAGAACUGCCCUGUCUGACUGUGACGCACUGACCCGCCAGAACGAGAGAAUGUGGAACAUGGCCUCGGAGGAAGUGCGUCACGACUAUGGCGAGACCUACUUCCGGAGUUUUCUCACCAAGCUUAAAUACGUUCCUGCGAUUCUCCCGGCAAAACCUGAGAGAAGUUGUGGCCGAUCUUGUGCACUCGGUCACCUCUGCGUACCCCUACACCCGCUACGUGCCCGCCCUCUUCAGCGCUCAGCUGCCUUCCGAUACCUUUGCUUUGACGCCGAAUCUUUUCGAAGACUUCGUGCUGACUACGCUGCUUAAAGGAGGGGCCAGUCCGUCCUGUGAAUCUCCACACAGAUCCCUCAAGUAGUGUGAUCCAGAAACGACAUUUUAGAAAUAUUUGUACUUCUUUUAUUGUGAAAUCGUUGAAGUUAUUACAAUAAAACAAUGUAAAGUUUUGGUUCAUAUAA